AUGUACAAAAAGAUAAUCAUUCAGGAAACUAUCCAGCAGGAGAUUAAUUUCUAAAUCAACAGUUGUAGGCAAACUCAACAGAUUAUAGGCCAACAGCGCAAUAUUUCAAAUAUCAGGUCAUCGCCGCUGGGGUAUAAUUAAAAAGACAACAAGAAUAAUAACUUAUUCAGAAAGUUAGGAGCCUCAAGUUCAAUAAAAAAGACUCUCUGCAUGAGUAAUACGAAAUCCAAGAACAAGCUAAGGCAGUCUGCUUUGAUGAGACCAAGGAUUAGGCAUACAUAUUAUGAUGAAAAUAGAGGAAUAUAUUCUGAGUAAAGACCUUAAUAGCGGCAAUAUGUGGAUGUAGAUUUGAAAAAUCAAUUUUUAGAAAAACUCAACUCUUUUAUCGAUAUCAAUAUUUACGAUCUCAUUUCAGAUGGAUGCCCCUUUUAAAUCAUAAAGGUUCAGGGGGAAAGAGCUUGCGAUCUUUACCAGGCAGCUGUGAACUAUUACAGAUUAAUUUUAGCUAGAGAUAUAAAAAGCUUGUAGCUAUUCAUUUUUCACUCAAGACUUCCUGCUGAAGGAUUGGAAAAAUAAAUUGAGCAUAAGUUUCUUGAACUUAAUGAAGCAACAUAUGAUCCAUUUCACCUUUACAUAAUCUACACCCCUAGGAUGGAGAGUAUAUAACUUUAUGACAUUAAUGCUAAGAAUGCUCUAGAAAAACAAGGAAUCUAGAGGAUUCGUGCUAUGCAUGAGAUAAGAGACUAGAAUCUAAAUAACAUAACACUCCAACAAAAAAUUAACUUUGUCCUUAGAUCGACAUAAAGUACAGUACCAGCUAACACAAUGAUUCAGAUUGACCAUAGUGACUAUGAGAAUGAUCCAUUCCUGAGUGCAUCAUUCAAGAAGCUUAUUGAUUAAUUGAAAAGACAGGAAAAGGCUCUCGGCUCUAAAAUCAUGGCCUAUGACAUUGAGUGGAAGGUUCGUCAAUUUGUCAUGCAAGUACUUAUCCAUGCUUUUGAAGAACAAAACCUAAGAAUUGAUGGUGAGGUGCCGAUUAAUGUCUUUGGCAAGCGCAUUAGUCCCGACUUACAAGUAAUAAGCAAUGAUGCCAGUAACUAGACUCUGUAUAUUAUAGAGCUAAAGAAGGUGAUUAAUAGAUCAAACAAUGUUAAUUAAGGAAGUAAUAAACUUGAGGAUGCCCUAUAUUAGAACUUUCAGUAGUUGAGGCAUCACUGUAUUUAGAACAGGUAAAUGAAGAUGCUUGGAGUGCUAACUAAUUACAAAGAAUGGUACAUUACUUAGUACAGCUUCAAAAAGGAAUUUGACUACCAACUAGAAAGGAAAUUUAAUAAGAAUUCCUUAGUCAGUGAAUAAAGGUUUGAGAUAAGCUAGAAAUUUACAAUUUUGAAUGACGACUUUAAGCUUGAUGUUCUUGAACUUAAGAAAAUCAUAAACAUUCUGGAGUGGUUAGCUAUUACUUUUAACAGCUGA